CCUCUGACUCGGGCAUGGCUUGUGUCCGAAAAUUUUAUCGUGCAUACGAUUGAAAGUAUAAGCUUAAAGAUCAUUUCUACCUUACUUUGCCCUGUCAAGAAUGUGCCCAGCAGCAGUCGCUCUUGAGGGCACAGCCCCUGUCACUGAAAAGAGCGAGCUCGAGGUCAAGGAUAACCUUGUUGAGGAAAAAUCGCAGUCGAAGGCAACAAGCCAGGAAUUCAUCGAAAAUGACGAGGAGGAAGAAGAAAAGGACAUUGAUACACUCAUCGAAGAGCUGAAGUCUGACGACGGUUUUGUCGAUCUCAACACUCUAGAAUCAAACCACACCCUUGGUCGAGAACGGGUGUCGGACGAAUUGCUUCACACUGACUCAAACACGGGCCUCAGUGCAACCGAAGUGAUUGCACGUCGAAGGAAGUUUGGCUUCAAUGAGAUGAAGGAAGGGAAGGAGAAUCUCUUCCUCAAAUUUUUAUGGUUCUUCGUUGGUCCCGUCCAGUUCGUGAUGGAGGCAGCCGCAAUACUAGCUGCUUAUCUUCAGGACUGGGUGGAUCUAGGUGUGAUCUGUGGUCUACUUUUGCUGAAUGCCUCGGUGGGAUAUAUACAGGAGUACCAGGCGGGCUCUAUCGUCAAGGAGCUGAAGAAGACGUUGGCACUGAAGGCUGCUGUUUUGCGCGAUGGUGUGAUCUCAGAGCUCGACGCCUCCCAACUGGUCCCGGGGGACAUUGUGAAGAUAGAUGAGGGUACAAUUGUCCCGGCCGACGGUCGCAUUAUGACGAACUCUGCUAUACAAGUCGAUCAGUCAUCGAUUACUGGGGAGUCUCUUGCUGUUGAUAAGCACAAGGGAGAUACAUGUUACGCAUCCUCGACCGUGAAGCGCGGUCAUGCGAGAAUCCUCAUCACGGCUACCGGCGAUUCGACCUCUGUUGGGCAUGCUGCAGCCUUGGUGAAUGCCUCUACCUCCGGGACGGGCCAUUUCACCGAAGUUCUUCAAGGCAUCAGCACCGUCUUGCUUGUUCUCGUCGUUGUCACUCUGAUUAUAGUCUGGGUUUCAUCCUUCUAUCGUUCAAAUAACACUACCACUAUUCUUGAAUUCACACUUGCCGUCACGAUGAUUGGAGUCCCAGUCGGCCUUCCCGCGGUUGUCACCACCACAAUGGCAGUCGGAGCAGCGUACCUGGCAAAGAAAAAAGCGAUAGUCCAAAAGCUGUCAGCAAUCGAAUCUCUCGCCGGUGUUGAGAUCCUGUGCUCAGACAAAACCGGAACCUUGACCAAGAACAAGCUUUCUCUAACAGAUCCUUUCACUGUGCCGGGUGUGGCCGCCGACGAUCUCAUGCUGACAGCGUGCCUAGCCGCGUCUAGGAAGAAGAAGGGUAUGGAUGCAAUAGACAGGGCAUUUUUCCGAGCGUUGUCUCUCUACCCGGAUGCAAAGGCAAAGCUCACACAGUACAAGGUGGUCGAGUUCUCACCGUUCGAUCCAGUCUCGAAGAAAGUGAAAGCAGUGGUACAGUCCUCUGGAGGUGAGCGCAUAACGUGCGUGAAAGGGUCCCCUCUAUUUGUGUUGAAGACCGUCCAGCAGGACCACGAAAUCCCCGAAGAUAUUGAGAACGCAUACAAGAACAAGGUGGCAGAGUUUGCAACGCGAGGCUUUCGCUCACUUGGGGUGGCUCGGAAAUGCGGCGAUGGCGAAUGGGAGAUUCUGGGUAUCAUGCCGUGCUCAGAUCCUCCAAGACACGAUACUGCGAAGACAAUAAGCGAGGCUCAGACCUUGGGGCUCUCCAUUAAAAUGCUCACAGGAGAUGCCGUAGGGAUCGCUCGAGAGACCUCACGGCAGCUUGGACUGGGCACAAAUGUGUACAAUGCCGAGCGUCUUGGUCUUGGUGGAGGAGGGACGAUGCCUGGCUCCGAGGUUUAUGAUUUUGUUGAAGCCGCCGAUGGUUUCGCAGAAGUGUUCCCUGAGCACAAGUAUAAUGUUGUGGAUAUCCUGCAGCAACGUGGAUACCUGGUUGCCAUGACCGGUGACGGCGUCAACGAUGCUCCAUCUUUGAAGAAAGCUGACACAGGGAUCGCAGUUGAAGGAUCCUCAGAUGCCGCUCGAUCUGCUGCUGACAUUGUGUUUCUAGCUCCAGGCUUAUCUGCUAUUAUUGACGCUGUGAAAACCUCGCGCCAGAUUUUUCACCGCAUGUACGCAUACGUUGUUUAUCGCAUCGCUCUGUCGUUGCACCUCGAGAUCUUCCUCGGGCUUUGGAUCGCCAUCCGCAACGAGAGCCUGAACUUACAACUGGUGGUGUUCAUCGCUAUCUUCGCCGACAUUGCAACGUUGGCCAUCGCCUAUGACAAGGCUCCAUUCUCCAGCACACCGGUGAAAUGGAAUCUUCCGAAGCUAUGGGGAAUGUCCGUUCUGCUUGGAAUUGUCCUUGCCAUUGGCACCUGGAUCACCCUCACCACUAUCUUAGCGUCAGGCGAGAGUGGAGGGAUCAUGCAGAACUAUGGAAAACGAGACGAGGUCCUGUUCCUAGAGAUCUCACUGACCGAGAACUGGCUGAUCUUCAUCACGCGCGCCAAUGGGGCUUUUUGGUCUUCAGGGUGGCCUUCCUGGAAAUUGAUUGGUGCCAUUGCAGCGGUAGACACCGUCGCUACGUGCUUCUGUGCAUUCGGCUGGUUUGUCGGUGGGCAAACCUCGGCCCCGACUAUCAUUCGAAUCUGGAUUUUCUCCUUUGGCAUGUUCUGCAUCAUGGGAGGGCUAUAUUACCUGCUCCAACGCUCGGCAAGCUUCGACAACAUCAUGCACGGCAAGAGCCCCAAAGGUGUAGACAAACAGCGUUCUCUGGAAGACUUUUUGGUUGUGCUUCAACGCGUGUCUUCUCAGCAUGAAAAGAGCUCGUUGACUAGCAUGGAGAAUGGACAGGCUACCCGUGGUAUGUGAUCAUCGGCGGGCCACACCUACGGUUCGCUGUCGAAAUCGGUAUGCCAUGGGGAACAUUGGAACGUUUUCGAGCUUGUGGGAUAUGAUUAGCAAAUGACUCUCAUGCUGUGUGUUUUACAUGUUUAUGUCUCCGGCAAAAUACGUUCCUUCGCUUAGCCUCACCUGUGAAGUAGAGACAUGAAGUAUUUUAC